ACACAAAGUCGUUACAACCUAAAACCAAUCCAAUAGUGUUGAUGAUAAUAAUAAUAAAUAAUAAUAAUAAUAAAAUAAUAAUAAUAAAUCCCCUCACAGCAAUCUCAAGCUACCUCUAACUCUCACCCCCUCUAUCUAUCUAUCUCUCUCUCUCUCUCUCUCUCUCUCGCCACCACCUCUCGUAGUAUUUUUUCUGAGUAGUAGGACGAAGAAAAAAAAAAAAAGAAAAAAAGAAAGAAAAAUGGUGCAGUCGACGGGGACGACGAUGACGACGACGACGAAGGCGGUGUUCUCAGCGCUGGACACGGCGAAGACGCAGGUGUACCACUUCAAGGCGAUCGUGAUCGCGGGGAUGGGGUUCUUCACGGACGCGUACGACCUCUUCUGCAUCACGGCGGUGACGAAGCUCCUCGGAAGGCUCUACUACCCGGACCCGGCGGGCAAGGCACCCGGGAAGCUGCCUGACAACGUCAACAACGCCAUCACCGGCGUCGCCCUCUGCGGCACCCUCGCCGGCCAGCUCUUCUUCGGCUGGCUCGGCGACCGCCUCGGCCGCAAGAAGGUGUACGGCAUCACACUAGUGACUAUGGUGGGCUGCGCCGUCGCCUCCGGCCUCUCCCUCGGCUCGACCCCGCAGUCCGUCGUUGCGACCCUCUGCUUCUUCCGCUUCUGGCUAGGGUUCGGGAUCGGCGGCGACUACCCCCUCUCCGCCGUCAUCAUGUCGGAGUACGCCAACCAGCGCACGCGCGGCGGGUUCAUCGCCGCCGUCUUCGCCAUGCAGGGAUUCGGUAUUCUCGUUGCAGGCCUCGUCGCCAUGACCAUCUCGAAGCUAUUUCUGAUAAAGUACGAUGCGCCGUCGUUCCAGCAGAGCCCGACGCUGUCGGCACAACGGCAGGGCGACUUCGUGUGGCGGAUCGUGCUCAUGCUAGGCGCGGUGCCGGCGGCGGCGACCUACUACUGGCGGAUGAAGAUGCCCGAGACCGCGCGGUUCACCGCGCUGGUCGAGGGCAACCACGCAAAGGCGGCAGCCGACAUGCGGAAGGUGCUCGACGCCGACAUCGCCGCGGGGGAGGGGGGUCAGGUGGAGUCGUCAUCGUUAUCGUCAUCGCCGUCGUGGAACAGGCAAAACCAGCCGUACGGAUUGUUCUCUAAGGAGUUUGCGGCGCGGCACGGCAUGCACCUGCUGGGGACGACGACGACGUGGUUCCUGCUCGACGUGGCGUUCUACACGAUGAACCUGACGCAAAAGGACGUGUACUCGGCCGCCGGGAUACUCCCGAAGGCGUCGCGGAUGAACGCGAUCCAGGAGGUCUACGAGGUCGCCAAGUCCAUGUUCCUCGUUGCCCUCUUCGCCACCGUCCCCGGGUAUUGGUUCACUGUGUUCCUGAUCGACCGGAUCGGGCGGUUCGUGAUCCAGCUGGGCGGCUUCCUGCUGAUGUCGAUCUUCAUGGCGAUCGUGGGCGGGCUGUACACGAAGCUCCGCGGCUACCAGUGCACCACCUCCAAGACGGGCUUCUGCGGCGGCCACCCAGGGGAGUUCGCGGCGCUCUACGGCCUGACCUUCUUCUUCGCCAACUUCGGCCCCAACAGCACCACCUUCAUCGUCCCCGCCGAGCUCUUCCCCGCGCGCUUCCGCUCCACGUGCCACGGCAUCUCCGCCGCCGCCGGCAAGGCCGGGGCCGUCGUCGGCGCCUUCUGGAUCCAGAACUACACCGUCGGCGGCGACGGCCGCAAGGUCCGCGAUGUGCUCAUCGCGCUGGCCGCCGUCAACUUCCUCGGCUUCCUCUUCACCUUCCUCGUGCCGGAGACGAGGGGCCGCUCGCUCGAGGAGAUCUCCGGCGACGACCAGAUUUACGCCGCCAACGGCACCAACAACAACGGCGAGGAUGAGGAGAAGAAGAAGGCAGCGGCAGCGGCGGCGUCCGUGGACUACAGCAACUCGGUUGUGGAGACGAUUGUUUAGCUCGAUCGAUCAAGAAAUAGUGAUUCAGGAAGAAACUAAUACGAUUUAUUUGUGGAACUUAAUUACGUAAUAAUAAUAAUAAUUAAGAAGAUUUGUGAUAUCAUCGUAAAAUAUGGGGAUUUGUAAUAGUAAUAUAAUUGUAAGUUCGUCUUGUCUUGUGUGUGUAUUUUCACAGUGUAAAACCCUCCGUGCAUGCGUGCAUGCAUGCAUAAAUCUGAUCAUCUGAUGUUAUUUUUUCCCCUA